CCUCCUUCACUGUGAUUGGACAACUCUAACUCCUAACGUGAUGAAUCUUUAAAGAAAUAGAAGCAUGUGAUUGGUGGAGCAGGCUGGAGGCGGUUCGCAGCCUGUGAGACUGAGAUCAGGGUGUUAAACCCCUCAGUCUUCGCAGGGAGGAUGAGGAGGAUUAGAGCAGAUUACAGAGCAGUUUAUAACAGCAGAGAAGAAGAAGAGAGAGCACACACACACACACCAGUACAGACACACACCCAGACUAACUGGACCAAGUGCACUGCACCAGAUGCAGUGAACUGGGACCAGUUUCUCAGACUUGAAUCUAACUGCAUUGAGCUGGGAGGAGGGUUCGAGUGGACUGAGCGGGGCUGAACUGGUCCGUACUGGUGUGAGCUGGUCUUUGGGACAGGAAGUAGACAGAUGGAUGGUUUCCAGGCGUAUGGGGCCGGGAAGGCGGGUGGAGCUUUUGACCCUCUGACCUUCAUCAGACAACCUCAGACUGUCGUGAGGAUCCUCUGCUGGCUCUUCUCCAUCGUGGUCCUGGGUUGCGUCGCUAACGAGGGUUACGUUAACAGACCUGAAGAGGUUGAGGAGUACUGCAUCUUCAACCGUAACCAGAAUGCCUGCAACUAUGCUGUCGCCAUGGGAACACUGUGUUUUCUGUGCAGUGCUGCUUUCCUGGCACUGGACGUUUAUUUCCCUCAGAUCAGCGGCGUGAAGGACAGGAAGAAAGCUGUCAUGGCCGACAUUGGCGUUUCAGCUCUCUGGUCUCUGGUCUGGUUUGUGGGGUUCUGUUUUCUGGCCAAUCAGUGGCAGGUUUCUAAAGAAGAGGACAACCCUCUGAGAGAGGGGACCGAUGCUGCCCGAGCCGCCAUUGUCUUCUCCUUCUUCUCUGUCUUCACCUGGGCUGUGCAAGGGUUGCUGGGAAUCUACAGGUUUAAACUGGGAGCGGACUCCGUCACCUUCAAUCAGGACUACGCCGAUCCCGACCAACAGGAACCUGCUGAGGGCCCGCUCCCCGAGGAGUAG